AUGAAGCCUAACCUCCUUCCCUUCAUCCCCUCAAAACUGUUCGGCGUCCCUCAACCAACCCAACUCUUCACCGGCAAAACAAUCCUUAUCACAGGCGCCUCCACUGGUCUCGGUUUGGAAGCCGCUUUUAAAUUCGCAUCCUUGGACGCCGCCAAAAUUAUCCUUGGGGUUCGAAACAUUUCGAAAGGCAAUCUUGCAGUCCGCGCCAUCGAAGAUCGUACCAAACGCUCCGGCGUCGCAGAAUUCUGGGAACUGGAUAUGAAAUCUUACGCCAGUAUUCAGACCUUUGCCAAGCGUGCGGAGGGGCUGGAGAGAUUGGAUGUUGUGGUGCUAAAUGCGGGCGUUGCGCCGAAAAACUAUACCAUAGGAGAGGAAGGCUGGGAGUCAGCGCUGCAGGUGAACGUGGUUGGAACAGCUUUGUUGAGUUUGUUGUUGUUGCCAAAGCUGAAGACUGCUGUGUCUGGAGAAGAGCUGGCGCAUUUGAUCAUUGUCACCUCCGAAGCACAUCGCUGGCUUGAACCGAGUGAUUUGCCUGAUCCUACCAAAUAUGGCGGUAGUAUCCUACACGCUGUUAAUGCAUUGCCUGAUCAUAUGGAGCAAUGGGAUGGCUUGCUGCAGAAUGCAAGGUCGAAAUUAUUCGCUAUGUAUAUCACGCAAGCUAUCGCAGCCCUGGUAGAGGAUGAGAAUGGAAAUCCGGAGGUUAUUGUGACGGCUACUUGUCCGGGGGCUUGUCGAUCAGAGCUGAUGAGGGAUAUGAAGAGUGAUUGGGCCGGGAGGAUUGGAAUGGGGAUCUAUGAGGGUCUGUUUUGCAAGAGUAGUGAGGAGGGGGCGAGGACUUAUGUUUUGGCUGUGGCUGUGGGAUUGGAGGGGCAUGGGGGUUGGUUUAGGGUUAAAGAGAUUGCAAUGCCCGGGACACUCGUGACAAGUGAGGAGGGGAAGAUACUCCAGCAAAGCGUGUGGAUAGAAAUUAUCGAGGAAUUGAGUGGAAAAGUACCUGCUGUGAAGUAUUUGGUUGGAAAGAAAUCAUGA